AUGUCAGUUGUAGCCGCCUCCAACUCGAAGAAAUCACGGCCAUCAUCAUCGUUUUCGUUGUUGCCAGACGAGGUUGUUUUGAACUGCUUAUUCCGCGUUCCGAGAUGCUAUGACCUAAACCUCUCUUUGGUCUCCAAAGCCCUCAGGUCGCCAGAACUAUACCGUUUGCGAUCCCAGCUUAAGUCCGUCUACCUCUCUUAUCAUUUAUAUCAUGGCAAUGCCAGGUUGAGAUGGCUCACUAGCUACUGGAUCACUUUCCGUCCUGGUGAGAAGACCACCAACUAUCAGUUGGAGCAGAGAUCUUUGUCGUCGGCCGAUGUAUUGUCCCGAACUCUUAUCUUGGUUCUGCAGUCUCCGUUGAAUCAGAGAUCUAUUUCAUUGGCGGAAGAAGCUUCCGCUCCACCGAGCUUUGGAUCCUUGAUAUUCGAUCUUGUUGGGAUUGUGAAAUCCCGUGUCCAACUCUCUAUUAUCCGAUUAGUACGAUAUUGUCCACUUUGGGCCUAA